AUGCCCUGUACACAAGGCACGCUGAUGCCAUUCCUGUACCCGUGUUUCUUCGAGUCGACAUCGAUGCCGCUCCGGCGUCAACUCGCUCGCUUCCCCCGGCAUGUCAGCAGCAGACAAGCAUAUCUCCGACCGAGGAGUGCUUAUGCGUCAAGGAGCCAAUCCACGCUCUCAGGAACAAAAGCCUCCUCCUCUCGACGGGCGCCGACGUACGAGGCAGGCCCUCCUCCUCCGACGCCAUCAUCACGCCUUAACCCAGCUCCAGACGACUACGGACGUAAUGUCUUCGUGGACAAAUGCACGUUAACGAUCCACGCUGGAUCCGGGGGCAAUGGAUGCGUAUCAUUUCUACGGGACGCACACAUCUCGGACGGGCCUCCGAACGGCGGUGACGGCGGGUCAGGAGGGAACAUAUGGAUCCAAGCGGUGGCGGACCAAACAAGCCUACACAAGCUGGCGCGUCGGGGCAUUGUCAAAGCUGGACGCGGGAUCGGCGGCAAGGGAAGCAGCCAGGGCGGACGCAAGGGAGAAGACGUAUGUGUGCAAGUGCCCGUGGGGACGGUGGUGCGAGAAAUCUGGCGCAGCGACCCAGUAGCCGAAGAGGAGGACCGGCUGCGCGAACUGCGAGGCAGCAUGAGCGACGAAGAGCUAAAGAAUCCCUUUGAACUGCCGGACCACGGCGGCUUGCGCAAUAAAUGGAUUUUAUACGCGGGCGUGACGCGCAACGAAGCCAAAGACGUGGUCGCAAAUCUGCCACCACCAGUCAAGCCGAGGAGAAGCCACUUAUCAGUUUUACAGCCCGCGGCUCCCAUUCACCUGGACCUGGACACCCCGAUGGAAAAGCCGAUCUUGCUGGCCGCCGGCGCCGUGGGCGGCCUGGGGAACCCGCACUUUGCGACCAAAAACACCCCCAAACCCAAAUUCGCUACAAAAGGCGAACUGGGCGUCCGCAUCAAAUUGGAGCUCGAACUCAAACUGCUCGCCGAUAUAGGGCUUGUUGGCCUGCCCAACGCCGGCAAAUCUACCCUGACUCGCGCCAUCAGCAAUUCGCGUACCAGAAUCGGCGACUGGGCUUUCACCACCCUCUCCCCGACUAUCGGGACUGUCGUCCUCGACAACAACCAGGGCCGACCACUGGUCCGCUCGGGAAUUGAAGGCCAACCGCCACGCACGAGUUUUACUGUCGCCGACAUUCCAGGUCUGAUCGAAGACGCCCACCUCGACAAAGGCCUUGGGUUAGCCUUUCUGCGCCAUGUCGAACGCGCCCGUGUCCUUGCGUUUGUCGUCGAUCUCUCCGCCGGUGACGCCGUUUUGGCUCUGAAGAACUUGUGGAAAGAGGUCGGCGAGUACGAGAACCUGCGCAACAGAGAACUAAACGAACAGACUGAGACGAGAAAUGGAAACAUCGUCGAUUGGGCUCCGUUUGGGCCGCUAUCGGGGUCAUCGGGGGCGGCGGCCUCAUCAAUGAUGGACAAUGAUGAAUUUUCAGAUGGAAACAUCUCAAUCUUCCCACCACCCUCCCCUUCGUCUGCCACCUCUCCACUAGAACCUCUCAAACUACCGCCCAUCAGCGCAAAGCCCUGGUUUGUCAUCGCCACAAAGGCAGAUAAAGACUCCUCCAUCACCCAGACCGAGUUCAAAAAGCUGGCCGAGUAUGUGCGACAAGUCGAGUCCGGCGAAGUCGACCAUCCUAGUGGUAACCGGCAUGGAUGGAGACAUCGGGUUGCUGCGAUCCCAGUAUCUGCCAUGCACGGCCAGGGCAUUGACAAGGUGAUUCGGUAUACUGCUGGUGUGCUGGACAGUCUUAAGAUUAGCCAGUAG